UAUCCGGACACUAUCCCUACCUUAACUUUGUAUGGUGUCUCCACUGGAUCAAAUUUCAUCGCUCCAGCUGGGGACUUUUUUCGUGGUCCCUGAUGGGCUUAGAGUAUGAGCAGCUGUGACUGUGUCCUGGCUGGAAUUCCUCGGGACUCUGACAGCUCUGGAGUUUCCAGUCAGUCUCCAUGCUCAUCCUUUCCAAGGGAAUGUGUACUGCAGAUUUGUUCCAAGUCUGAUAAGCUGAAUGUCAGCUUGGCCUCAGAGAAGCCUUGGGGUCUUGGUGUGGUUCAUAACAUCAACUCAGAUUCCCAGAAGCUGAAAAAUGAUGAAAAGGACUCCCUAAAGGAUGAACAUCUCAGUUUCAAGAAGUGGCUGACCUCUGAGGAGACCCUUUCCUCAAGCCUGAGGCUGAAUGGGAAUUCAAAGGGGAACAGGAUCAGGAGCCGGAGCCUGAGCCCAAGCCCAAGACCUCCGAUGAAGGCUAGUGACCAGAGAAGCUUGGAGACAGACAAUUCUCAGGCCCAAGGGCCUUCCUUACCUGGUGGGGUGAGGUGGAAAACAGAGACUAUGAUCUCUGAUCCCCCAGGCAAGGUCUCCACCAUCAGGAUUCCUGACUCACAAAAGCUCUUAAGGACAGACUUGGAUUGCCUCAAAACACAGCUUCAAGCCCAGACCAACGCCUUUGAGUUCCUGAACCACUCUGUGACCCUUCUGGAGAAGGAAAGCAGCCAUCAGAGGGUUAAAAUCCAGGAACUAGAGGAAGUGAUGAGCCUGUCUUGCUGCCCAGCCCAGGAUGACCUCAUUAGACGAGGGGCAGAACUAGGGCGUCAGGAGCUGUGGCGGGCACUGGCUCGGGGCCUGCAGGAGGUGAAGGAAAAUCUUCGUGGGAGUGAGGAGGUCCAGCGGGGCCGUACCACCCGCUCCCUACUACAGCUGGGCCAGGAGAUUCGGGAAAGCAAGAAGUUCCUAUGGGAGGAGCUGGAAAUACUGCAGGAAGAGGUGACCUACAUCCACCAGAAACUCAAAUUGCAGGAAGAAGAAAUCAACAAAAACCUGGUGAAUAUCAAGAAAAUGCAGAAGAACCAGGUGAAAUGUCGAAAGGUCCUAACGAAGAUGAAACAGCAAGGGGGCAUGGUAUCUGAGGAGGAUACUAAGUCCAAGGACUGGUGGGGACAAGAAGAGCUGGAGGAGGAGCUGAAUGACAUAUGGUGGGAACGAAAUCCAGGGUCAGCUGUGAAUACUCUUCAGAAUGCCAUUAAAAGCUUAUCCCUGACUGGAGUCAAGCACCGUGGAGUCUUAAAGAGCCGGAGAGUACGAAACUGUUUGAGUCCGACGCUACCGCCAGCCUGGGCAACAGAUUCGGAUUCAGAUGUCAAGCCACCUCACAGCCCAUAGCCAAUAGCCCGACCCAUGCAAGACUCCUUCAGUAUGGACCCUGACGAUCUCCAGCCCCUGGCCCAUCCCCCUGGCCCCUGACCCUAUAUGUGGCUUCCUCAGGACCUCUGACCUCAACCCUCGCUCUCACUAGACCCUUCCUGCCUUUGCCCCCUACAUCUUUGAGUAGCUCUGAUGAGGAUCUGACUCUUCACAUCACCAAUCUCUCUCUCCACAGGCUGAGCUGCUGGGUCCUGCCUGAUCAAGGAAAGGGAGACCUCCCUGAGGGGAGCCCCAGCCUCCCAAAAUCCCCUAAGAGAGAAAAUAAAAUAGGAGUGGCCCCUUCCCCAACACUCUCUGUUCAUGCUGACUCUGCUUGCCCCUUCCCGUUUUUCCUUGCUCUAGAAAGGGGUAAUUCAGUGGGGCUGGGCUCAGAGGCCAGUCAGGCUGGAGUGAGUGCAUAGCCAAGUGCAGGCUAAAGGAAGCUUGAGUCUGUGAUCUUGGUCAAAUUAGGACAGAGCCACGGGGAGCUGUAGCCCCAAGCUCAAACUACUCACACAGCCAUGCUCCUAAUAGACACAGCCUUACCACGCGCUGCCCC